CCGAGAUUUAUGUUUUCACUCCGAGCAUAAUAAUUAUAUGACAUUUCGGACGAGGCGUGUAGAAUCAAAAAACGAAAUCAACGGAGGUGUAAAUCCUCUAUAUCUGCUUUAUUUAUUUUGCCUCGGGCAUUAUUUUUCACUUAACGCGUCGAUUUGCGGACAAAAGGCUUUGAUUCGAGAUCAUUGGCACGAGAUUGCUCCAAAUUCGUUCGCGCUGAUAAUUUUCCCACUUGCUAGAAGAAAGAAAGAAAGCACCGACAAAAAAGUUUGAGCAGCGCGUUGGUGCGGAAAGUUAGCCGCCGCUGUCACCAUAUCGUACCGCAGGGAAAGUGCGAGCAGCUCCACUUUAUAUAAAAGCCCGCAGUCACCAACUCAUCACAAACCACCAUCAUGCACUCCAAAAAGAUUUUGAUUGCGUUCUGCGUACUGGCCGUUGUGGCCAUCGCCAAGGCCCAGGGACUAGCCGAAGAGGACAUGGAUGACACCCAGCAUGAGGGCGACGGUCGAUAUGCACGAGCUGCGUAUCACCAUGAGGGCGGAAGUGGAGGCGGUGGUGGAGGCAGUGGUGGAAGUGGCGGUGGAUCUCCAAACGGCGGCCACGACGACGAAGUCGAGUACGGAGCACACACCGGCGAGAAAGGUGCUUUCGAGUGGCACGCACACUACCCAGUUGGACAUCACUGAUCCAAAAUCAUUUUUAAAAUUAUGAUCUCAUUUUCCAGUUUUUGUUGCCUGAUAAUUAAACUUAAAAAAAUUCUCCCUGCAUUUGGAUGUUUUACUUUCAAUAAUCAAAU